CGCUGUUUGGAUCCAACACAAAAUGUUGAUUAUGCUCUUUUAAUUCGUUCACGUGCUAUUAUUUGGUCGGCUUGGUACUUAGCUAACCUGGGUGCGGACUCUGUGCACAAGACAGAAUUCAUCAAACAAUGGAAGGAUUAGCACGGUAUCCGCAAUGUCACCCCCGUGUCUUGUCAAGAUUGUUUCCCAUUUCCGGAUUACGCAAGUUUGAGAUACACUUCACCAUUCGAGUGUAAGUCGCACAGCAAUCAGUCUCCAAAACAUAUAUAAAUAAGCAACCUCCUUCCAUCUCUUUUCCACACCAUCAACUUCGAUUGUACAACGCCUCUAGAUCCCCGAACCUUGAUCAAUAUCUACCUUUUUUUUGUCGAUCUCAAAGAUGCUCGUCUCCGCCCGCGUUAUUACUUCCGUCGCCUUCCUUCUCGCUUUGGGAGGGGCAUCAGCAGCCGCGCUGCCCGUCGAUGAAAGCGCAGCACUGGCCGCUGCACCGCUACGACGCGACGAUACCUCGCCGUUGUCUGAUGGCAUGGUUCUGGAGGAGCGCCUGGACUGCUUUUGCGGCUGCUCUGGCGGGCCUAACGACAGGAUGUAUUGUUUUGCUCGACAAGCUGGGCCUGGGGCUGGAGGAUUUUGGUUCUGCAGCAGUGCCGCGUGCUUCUAGGGAGGUGGCGUGGGUUACGUGAAUGGGAAUCAGCGUCGUGGGUCUCUUGUAGAUGGAGAGGUGGAGAUGAUAUACUACUAUUCUGCAUCCUGUCAUUUCCGGAAGUCGAAUCUGCAAUUCUAUUGCAUUCGCAAUUGUUCUACGUAGCAACUUUAUACAGAACAAUCUAUACUUAUAGAGGAGCCAACUCUUAUUAAACUUUUUUCGUCUUUGCAUGAUACUAAUAUUACAUUUUUGUUUUCUUGGAAUACCAUGGAGAAGUAUGAUCUAAGCUUUAUUACUUGUAUGGGGUUUUUUUCUCUUUGAUUUUCCACUGAUAUACGGUGACAUCGUAUACGUCACUACGUCAAAUGCGCAGCCAAUACGGUGACAGCAGCGCCACCCAUGGCAGCCACACCCGGAGUUAAGGCAGCUCCAGCACAGCGGGCCUAGGGCUAAUCUCCGCUUGCCUAUAAUACUAUGGAGGCAGUAUAUCAACUUAACCAAGCGUAGUGGUGAAUUAUCGUAUUUCCAUGCGGCACAAACACUGGGUAUUGAAAACACUAUAAAUCUGCCUUUGAGCUCCAGGCAGGACACAUGUUCCUUGGUUAUCACGAAACUGAUUAUCAACUUGACAUUGAAGCGACCGACCCUCUGGUGUACCAGGCUCUUUUCUCCUUGCAUUUCCGUACGCACCGCUUUCUCAGACAUCACCACCCACCAUGGCUGCAACUCACCAAGCCGCCAUCCUCCCCCAGAAGGGCGGCCCCUUGACGGUUGGCGAGCGCGCCACGCCCGAGCCCGGUCCGAACGAGGUGCUCAUCGAGGUCAAGGCAGUUGCCCUGAAUCCGGUCGACUAUUUCCAGCGCGACUUGGGCAUGCCUCCGGUGCCCAUCUAUCCAGCUGUCAUCGGAUCCGACUCGGCCGGCAUCGUCGCCAAGCUGGGCGCCAACGUCUCCACGGUUCCUGGGCCAGGAAGUCGAGUCAUCGCAUUUGCGUCGUCGUUCUACCAAAACGGCUCCCCAGACCAUGGCGCCUUCCAGAAAUACGCAUUGGCCCAGUCCGAAAGCGUCGUCGCCCUCCCAGACGCCCUCUCCUUCAAGGAGGGCGCCGUUUUCCCCCUGGCGGUUAUGACGGCCUUGACCGCCUGGACCACAGUGGGCAUCCCGCUCGACACAAAGUACGCGCCGCAGGACAAGCAGGCGGUGCUGAUUUGGGGUGCCGCCAGCAGCGUGGGCGCCUUCGCCGUCCAAUCCGCAAAGACGCUCGGCUUUACCAUCUACGCCACCGCCAGCGCCAAACACCACGAGUACAUCAAGAAGCUCGGGGCCCACGCCGUCUUCGACUACAAGGCGAGCGACGUCGUCUCGCAAAUUGUCGACGCCGUGAGGAGGGACGGCGUCAACCUGCACACAACACAUUGCGUCGUCAAUGAAUCUCUGCAGCCAACCCUGCAUGUGCUCAAAGAAACAAAGGGCGAUGCCGCUGCCAAAGUAGCCCAUUCUCCUGUUCUGCCCAAAGACCACCCGACGCUUGACAAGACGGAAAUCAAGUUCAAUUUUCCAUCAAUGAAUAAGGCGGUGAGGGACAAGCACAUGUACCAGUGCUUCCACGGAUGGCUGCAAGAUGGUCUCAGGUCGGGUUCGGUCGUUCCCAGCCCUAGCAUUCAGGUUGAGGGUGGCGGUCUGGAAGGUUUGAAUCCCGCACUGGACAAGCUCAAGGCCGGUGUUAGUGGGAUCAAGAUUGUUGUGCCAAUCUGA